ACAAAGAAGGAAAAGGAAGGAGGCGCUGAGGCCGAGGGCGAGAAUGAGUGUCUCUCUUCUGGCUCAUCGCCAUUGAUCAUGGCGGCAUUGACAGAAUGCGACACGCACACCCCGAAUCCUGAUGAUUCAAUCACAUGACUUUUGCGGUCCAAAUUACCCAAGUAAACUCGGGCUGAAGCCCCCAGAUACACGAAUUCAAAUCUCUGUCCGCCAACAACAAAACAAAAACACUAAUUCGCAUUUCAAAAAGGAAAAAUGCGCUCACUAUUCCCCUCUGUGCUCGUGCUCCUCCUCGGCGCGCUCCUCCCAGCGCACGCCUCCGCAGACACCCUGGAGGUAUUCCACAACCUGGCGCCGAACAAAUUCACACAACGCGGCGAACUAACCCUCACCGACCCACCGGCCUACUCGCCAAGAAUAAGCGGCGGCAUUCCGCCACCGACUCUUCCGGACACCGAUGCAUGGGCGCAGCAGGGGGACAAGCUCCAGUACACUGUGGUUCUGCGCUCGCAGAAGACAGGAUCACUGGUGCACCUGGCAGCCCCUCGCUGCCGGCUCAACGGAGCCGCUCGCCCGAAGGAGACCUUUGUCGUGCAUGCCGAGAGGAACGGCGCCCUGCUGCAUGUGGAUUACGCCGUGGGGUCGCUGGAGAACUGCCACAGCAGGAAGCUCGUGGAUGUUGAUGGGUUUGAUACGCAGGUGGUGGUGAGGAGGAGGAUGCAGGGCCCGACGCCGGAGCUGGCCGCAGCUGUUUCUAUUGAUGUCAAUACCGGAUCGGAGAAGGCCCCGGAGGUGCAGAAGAGCUUUAUUAUGAAGUACUGGUACUACAUCGUGCCCAUUGUCCUGAUGCUGCUCCUGACCGGCGAGGACGCACCCCAGCAGGAAGGCAACGCCAGGCGCUAAUUCUCCAGAUGAAAGAAGAGUGGGAGAUAUAGCGCUGGCCGGCCAUGUGUCUGCUUGACAUAUCAUGUGAUGGGCAUGUUUCACCUGUCCCGUCUUUUUCUCUCUUUUGUUAUUUUCGCUUCUUUUCUUUUUCUCAGUUUGAAGCCCAACCCUUUCUUUUUUCUCCAAUAAAGUUGAAUUUACACCUUUACC